AUGGGCUACUACGACCUUGAUGAGAUACUGGCGGACGGACAAAAGAUACCGUGUCGGUUUACGAUUUCUGUGCCGGGCCUCGGUUAUUUAGAGAACAACCCGGGGAAGCCUGUGAUUCAGAACACCAAGUUGGACCUACCACUGUGGUUGGCAGAGAUUCUGGCAAUUUGUGAAAUACAGAGCGAACAAAAUGACCCAAAAGAAGAUCCAGAUCAACCAACCUAUUUCAUUGAGCUUAUCCAGCCGGACUUUUACAGCUCCAAGAUCAUCAAUGCUAUCAAAACCAAUGCGUUGAAAAUCGAUUUGCAUCAAUUGUUGCCCUAUUUCUACAAACUGUCAGUGAAAUGGGGAAGCAUGUUUAAUGACACAGAACUGAUGGCUAUUGUUCAAGAGAUGUUCAAACAGAGGGCAUGUGCCAUCAACGAUUACUCGUCAGAUAAUAACCAUUUGCAAUUGCUAAACUCAGAGUUUGGGCUGCAAUUGGAUGAGACUGAACGGAUGUUGUUCCGUCAAUGUAUAGAGAGUCACAGAGACCUGAAAACCUGGCUCAGUUCAUAG